GCUAAUUUACCUAAACGGACGUGUGUUUAUCUCCAUUGUUAAGAAAAGCCAGGUGUCCAGUGAAUAGAAGAGUUCCAAGUUCCGGAAUGCCAACGAGAACAGAAUAGAAGUUAAUGAAGAUUUACAGUUGCUCGCUAGGCUAUGAAGUUGUGCCAGUGGAGUAACUCGGGACCACGGAAGGGACUCAAGUUUUCUAAGCAGGCAUGGCUGUGAAGACCACGUUGCUCUUUGUGCUGCUGGGGUGUGGUGGAGUGUGGGCUGCUUCAGGUGCCUGCUCCAGUGGAUCCCUGGAACUGAACAGCCUCAAUCAGACCCAUUUCAAACCGGACCCAAGCCGGGACACUGGGAUCACAGUGUUAUCAGACAUGGUCCACUCCUUCCUGGACAUGGUCCAGCCCAACCCCUUCCCCACAGAACUCCUUACAGAAGCAAUAAAAGAUGCCUCUGCAAUCACCCAGGAAGACUCCCUGAGAAAGGUGCUGAAGUAUGAGGCUGGCUUCCUGGUCUGCGUUGCCAUCGGGAUUCUCUUCAUCCUGCUCAUGCCUCUGAUUGGCUUCUUCUUCUGCUGCUGCCGUUGCUGUGGCAACUGUGGUGGAAGGAUGUACCAAAAACAGUCCAGGAAGACAAGCUGCAAGAGGAGAGGGCUGUAUUGGUCCCUGAUGCUGAUCACCAUUGUCAUACUAGCGGGGAAUAUUUGUAUGUUCAUUAGCAACGAGAAGUUUACAAAAGCCAUCAACAACAGCCCUGAACUCCUCAACGACACACUGGACAACAUGAAGACUUUCCUGAGCGAGAUACCCCAGCAAAUCAAUACCGUGGUUAAGGAGAGCUCAAAGCCCUUGGAUGAAGUCAACCGGAGCUUGAAUGAUAUUGGCCCUUUGCUUGGGGGGCAGAUCCUGCAGGCCCUGGGGGGCCCCAUGUACAGCGCGCUGGACUCGCUCCUCCUCGUCAGUCAAGAGGCUACCUCCAUUGGAGAGGCGCUGAUGAGCAUGAACUCCACAACAGAGUCCUUGAAGCAAAAACAGCAAGAGAUUGUGACAAACCUGACAGCCAUUCAGAAACAAAUAGAGCAAACACUGAAGAAUCUGGAUUGUACAAACUGUAGUCAAGUGUCAGGCAGUUUAAACAAACUAACUUUCCAUGUGGAUUUCAGUGGGAUGCCUGACUUGAGUCCCCCGAUGGAUGCCAUCAGCAAAGUGAAGGAUGCUAACCUGAGUGCCAUAGUAAAUGAGGCUAACAAGACCUUAAACAGCAUUCCCGAGAGAGUGAGCAAUGAGACUAGAGGGGUGGUGGCAGAUGUGAAGAAACAACUCAUGGUAAUUGAGGAAAAAAUUGGGCAAAUCGCCCAAAACAUUCCUUUGGACCAACUCACGGAAGUGAAUAAGCAGCUGGACACCGUAAUGGGCGACCUACACAUGUAUCUUCCAGAGGUUUCCCAAGCAGAUAAGUACAGGUGGAUUGCAGGGCUCAUCCUGAGCUGCCUGGUCCUGCUGGUGGUUGUGUGUAACAGUCUGGGGCUCCUUUUGGGGCCCGCUGGACUCCAACCCAGCGCUGACCCCACCAAGCGAUCGUGCACUGCAGACUGCGGAGGCGUUUUCUUCAUGGCGGGGGUUGGCUUCAGCUUUCUUUACUCCUGGCUGCUCAUGCUGUUGGUUCUGCUGAUGUUCCUGCUGGGAGGGAAUGUCUACACGCUGGUCUGCAAGCCCUGGAGCAAUCAGCAGCUUUUAAAGUUCAUCGACACUCCAGGUGUGAUCCCGGGGUUCAACCUCUCUGACAUGCUCGGGGUGAACACCCCUUUGGAAAUCUCUCAGAUUUACAGUGACUGUAAGAACAAUGACCCUAUAUGGAGCACCCUGCAUCUGGAAGACUUGGUUAAUCUGGAUGAGCUUUUAAAUAUCAGUAAAUACACAGGAGACAUCCAAGCAGCCUUCGACAAGACCAGCAUCCAUCCUCCUGAGAUCAGCUUGCUGAACAACGACUCGCUCAGCCUGCUGCAGGACUUCGCCUCCUCUGGAAUUUAUGGGAUCAACUUCACUGCCAUCGAGCAGCAGGCAAACCAGAAUUUGACCACUCCAUACAUCGACUCCUUUGCAAAUAGUUUGGAUCAACUUGCAAUGAGCCAAAAUCAAGUUAUAAAGGGAGAACUCAUGGCAGAGGCAGCAGACCUGAGAAAUCUCAGCAGACGUAUUCCAAAGGAACUCCAGCCACAAGUGGAAACCCUGAAAAACAGUAUCGAACCUCUGAAGGUCUCCACUUCCCAGAUUCCAAUCACUAUAAAUGCCACUCUUGCAAAGGUGGAGGAAGCACAAAAGUUCAUAAACAACACUUCAGAAAUUAUCAAAGAGGAAAGACGAUCAUUCCUGAAUUGUCAGAUAGGAUAUUUUGAGACAUACGUUGGCUGGGCCAAUCAAACAAUCACACAGAAGGUCGCUCGCUGCAAGCCUGCUGCUAACGCCAUCGACGCCGUGGAGCUCAUCGCCUGUGUUUACAUCGUAGAUUCCCUGAAUGCUUUCUGGUUCAGCAUGGGGUGGUGUCUGAUGUUCCUGCUUCCCAGCAUAAUCCUGUCUGUGAAACUAGCCAAAUUCUACAGGAGGAUGAAAUAUAUGGACGUGUAUGAGGACACCAUUCCCAUGUGCAACAUUCCCAGGGCAGCGAUGAAGAGCUAGAGCUGGAGCCGGGCUUGCAUCCUCGUCCCUGCUCAUCUCACCCAGCUUUACUGCAAACAGGCAGUCAUUCUCUGUGUUAAACCAAUGAUUAUCCCCAACAGUAUAACUUGCACUAGAUGUCAUAAUGUAGGCUAUGCUGCUGUGCAAAAAAAUGAAGGGUUCCAUCUUCCAAGAGGAGUCCCUGAGAAAAAUCCACACAUUUAUUCCACUUUCAUUUUCCAUGCAACAGCAAGGACUGUCAUUAAGCUAUUCAGAUAUUACCAUGUAGAAACUCAGAGAAUCUUGUAGUUUUCACCAAGUUCCAUUGUUUGGUGAAUCAGUUUUUUUUUUUUUCCACAGCAGCAUUGCUAAGUGUCCCUUUUGUCUUUGUAUCAGCCCUGUACAGUGCUGUGCAGUGUUGAAAGCCAUAUUCUUGUUGUCAGAGUCAAUGGGAUUGUUUGUCUGUGAGUGAUAAAGCCCCAGAACAACCAUUGUGAAGCUCUGGACACAGCAGUGAGGGACAUGGCUCAGGGAAUUCUACUGUACUGGUGCCUUGCUUCAUACUAGGGAGCUCACUACUGCUAAUAUAAAAUCCAACAUAAUGUUUUUAUUCUUUUUAAAUUGUUAUCUUGAUGUGUUGUGCUUUCUUUUGUUGAAAUCGGUCAUUCCUUUUUAUAUACAUACUCCAGUGGCCAAUCAAAGUGUUAUACCCUCCUGGGACGCAGUGCAGCGCAGACAGAACCCACGUUCCACCCGGCCAGCAACUGUUUUCUGACAUGUUUUUGCUAAGAAUGUAAUUCUGUGAAUCUAGCACCUGAUUUUUUUGUAUUAAUUGUAAAUGCGUGUUUGCUGUUCCCUGUGUUUCAUUGUAAACUGCAUGUGUGUGAUCUGUAUUGGAAUGGAAGUGCACCACUAUGAUGUUAGCUGCAUGAGGAGAUGUCCAGGUGGCCGGGUAUUUUGUGUUUCAUGCUGUCUGUUGCAUAUUUUAUUAUAGUAGAGCACAGAGUGUGGGUUAUGUAGCACAGGUGAUGUAAAAUGUAUAAGUGUAAUUAAGCACAGAGAGUGCACCAUCACUUCACAUGCAGAUUAGUCCAUGUGCAGUCUGUGCUGAGAUUCAAGUGAAUGAUUGAUUAGCAAUUGAGUCUCGGCACAGCUGUAUAAAAGAAUGAAUGUUGCAUGCACAUGGGGUUGAGUGUACAGCAAGGAGGUAUAACAAUAGUACAAAAUAACAGACAACAUGAAACACAAAAUCAGCACAGAGGCGGGGACACCCUGCCAAUCCAGUAUUCAUGCACAGUGCAAACAGAAGCAGCCCAUCUCUGACAGACUGCUUCGGGAAUAACAGGUGCUGUGAAAGCACACGCUGACAACCUCUUGAUCAGGAGUGGGAACAAUUCAAAUAAAAUCACUGGAAACACA